CCGGGGCCCAACGGCGCCCCACUGGGCGAGCACGAUUUCCGAGGACAGGGGGUCCGGACCCAGCGCUUUCGAUUCUCGGAGGAGCCGGGCCCGGGGGCCGACGGGGCCGUCCUGGAGGUCCACGUCCCGCAGGUCCUGCAUCUCCAGUAUGGAAUGUAUGUUUGGCCCUGUGCUGUGGUCCUGGCCCAGUACCUUUGGUUUCACAGAAGAUCUCUGCCAGGCAAGGCCAUCUUAGAGAUUGGAGCUGGAGUGAGCCUUCCAGGAAUUUUGGCUGCCAAAUGUGGUGCAGUAGUAGUACUGUCAGACAGCUCAGAACUGCCUCACUGUCUGGAAGUCUGUCGGCAAAGCUGCCAAAUGAAUAACCUGCCACAUCUGCAGGUGGUAGGACUAACAUGGGGUCAUAUAUCUUGGGAUCUUCUGGCUCUACCACCACAAGAUAUUAUCCUUGCAUCUGAUGUGUUCUUUGAACCAGAAGAUUUUGAAGACAUUUUAGCUACAAUAUAUUUUUUGAUGCACAAGAACCCCAAGGUCCAAUUGUGGUCUACUUAUCAAGUUAGAAGUGCUGACUGGUCACUUGAAGCUUUACUCUACAAAUGGGAUAUGAAAUGUGUCCGUAUUCCUCUUGAGUCUUUUGAUGCAGACAAAGAAGAUAUAGCAGAAUCUACCCUUCCAGGGAGACAUACAGUUGAAAUGCUGGUCAUUUCCUUUGCAAAGGACAGUCUCUGAAUUACACCUACAACCUGUUCUGGGACAAUGUCAAUACUGAUGAGCAACCUGGCACACAAACUAUAAGCAGACCCCACUUCAGCUUGAGAAUGCAGUGGGUCUGAAGAUGGUCAAGUCUGUUUGCCUUGGAUUUUGGUGUCACCUAGACAACACUUAUAUUAACUUAUAUGAAAUGAAAAUUAAAAUAUGUAUUACAAGUA